AUGGUUGUAACUAUUAUUAAACAUAAACCUCGAAAUAAGAGAAAAGCUCUCUCGGCCUUGAAAGAUGAAAAUGGCGCUGUCGCCUCAACCAUCUCUGCUCCAGAAUCCCAAAUCACUUUCAUGCGAGCUGCCUCAUUGGCUAACUCUGAAGAUGCACGGAAAUCGAAUGUGAUCAUCAAAAAUAUCGACCUUUCGGAAGAAGCUAUUGAGAAAGCUGAAUUCGUUUCCAAAAUUGCCAAGGACUGCGGUACUUCGACGCCAUCGGUUUUUCGCAUACCUCAUCCGGCCAAAGGGCCGCCCAUUGUGCGCCUGGCAUUCAAGUCCAAGGAGGAAGCAAGAACUGUCCUCACCAAAUUCAACUCAAUCAAAGCUUCAAUACAGGGGUGCUUGAAUGCGUCUCCCCGCCCAGACCUUUCCAAACCAGAACUCGAGAAAUAUCGACAAUCCUGGAAAACGGUGAUCCAAAAGAACAACGAGGCAGGUCAAACCAUUUAUACGGUUCGCAAUCUGGAAGUCGUCAAAGUUGUCUACAGAGAAAAUCAGGAGCCGUGGCCAUGGGCCAAAAAACACUCGAUCCCAGAAAAUUUCUAA